AUGAGUCUGGACCAGAACCUCUUCACUCUGCUUCUGACACCGAAUACCUCUGACUCGACUGGGCUUGUGACUGAUCUCACCGAUCCUUCGGGGAACGUACACUACCGCAAGCGACGCAUACCCGGGAAAGUAUAUAAGAUUGAGUUGUAUGACCCCAUUUCAGAAUCCUUGCUCGCCUCUGCUACUUCUCCCAGCGCGACGAGUAAACAUAAAACGGUAGAAUUAUAUAAUCCCUCCAAGGUUGUCGAGCUGAAAUACACCGGCACCCUGACUUUCCGAUGGUCCUUCAAAUGGGAAGAACAUGAAUUUGAGUGGAAACGAGAAGAGUGUUUCAUGAUCAGAAAGCCCGACCCCCCUGUCAUGGUUGCGGUGACCAAGGAGCCUCCGGGUAGAAUAAAGACAGCAUCCGUCCAAAUUCUUGAUUACAAUCUCAAUAGGUUUGAUAUAGAUGAUCGAAAAGGGCUAGAAAUCGUCAUUCUAACUGCAUUGCUCACCUUUCAAGAUGCAAGCGAUACGUAUCACCAAUCACCCAAUGACAACAACGCAACACCUGCUGUUCCAACUACUUCAGCUCUAAAAUGCUUCACAGAGACGACUGCGCGAAAGAUGUCAGGCGGAUCUUCGCCACCAGUCCCACCGCCCAAACCCGCCCAAAAAACAGGUGUCGAAAGGGUUGCUGAAAUCCAGGCAUCCACUGGUAGAGGCGAAGUUAAUGAAGUGUUAAUCGUCGACGAGUGUUCCUUCAAGGAUUACGCGCGAUAUUGUGCACGGAUGCUGCAGGACGAAGCGAUGCUAUUUAUAUCCAUACGCUCUUCAGGACCACCCCAGGUUUCCAAAGUGGUGCAAGUAGUCGAGGAGACGAAACGCAUCCGCCAUAAAGCGGGUAAUCAUAUAGGCCAUGAAGAACUUCAUCAAUAUGUUCUAUACGAUACGGCCCAGAUACCACGCAAGGGUCCGACAACGAUCAAUCUGAACGGUAAUAAAGACAAAGCAAAGGGCAAGGAUUAUACCCCGCCGAGCAACAUCGUGGUGCAUCUAGGUAAAAUCGACAUGCCCGAGUUACAGCCAAGGAGCGCUGCUCCUAUACGGCCCGGAGAAGGACGGUCGGGUGCAGCAAAAGACCGAACAAAGGAUGGGAAGAGCAAAGACACGCGCAAGGACAAAGAAAAGAAAGUCAAAGAAUCAAGCGACAAGGAACGGAGCGAAAGGAAGAGGCGUGAGACAGAGCACGCAGCGGAGAAGGCAAAGCUUCGAUCGAAAUCUAGCGCGCCCGUACUUGCUUCUCAUUUUUCUUCACAUCCGGCUUCAACAUCACAGCGGCCUCAGAUACAUCCGCACCAAACACAUCUACAUAAGUCAUCGCCAUCGCGGCUUAACCGCCCUGCUAACCAUUCGGCUCCACCACUGCCUCCCCGCAUGCCGAUGCACCGUGUGGCUCCGCCACCUAACCGGUACUCGACAUAUGGGACAUACCCGGUGUCAUACCAAGUCCGGUAUUCAUCCAGCCCUCAACGUUUGGAAACCCCCGUGUCUCCAUCACCACCGUCACCUUCCCCAGUCACAUUACUGGCUAGAUUACUCGGGAGGUGA